CAUCUUUGCUAUGAAGGUCAGACGUACAAACAAGCAGUGUAACUAGAUGAGCUCUGUGGCUUAAACAUGUGCUCAGCAACCAAAAUUAGAACAGUAAAAAUAGAACUGGACUCAUCAUUGUAAGCGCAGAAUAUUGAUUUUUGUACAUCUUUGUUUUUCCACUAAGUGAUGAUGCCCGUGAACCCUAGCAAAUAUUAAAGGUGAAAAAAGUGUGGGAAAUGGAUCAAGUUGAUGUCGAUUUUUAUCAGUCAGACUAUACAAUUGAUACGGAACCGGUUGCCGAUGAAAUCAGAACAAACAAGCUAUAUGAAAGGCGUAGGACUAUAUCAAGCAUGGCAGAAGUUAGCCAACCUGGAAUCAUAAUGUCCCCACUCCAUUAUGGAGGCCACCUAUAUGAAGUACCAUAUAACCCACCAUUUCCCUCAGAGCAUAAUGGAAACUUUGACAACGAGCCUCCUCUUUUAGAAGAACUGGGCAUUAAUUUUGAUCAUAUUUGGCAGAAGACUUUAACAGUCCUAAACCCUUGGAAACCUGCCGAUGGCGGUAUUAUGAAUGAAACUGAUCUGACAGGACCUAUGGUUUUCUGCUUUGCACUGGGAUCAACAUUAUUAUUGGCUGGAAAGAUUCACUUUGGUUAUGUGUAUACCAUGAGUAUACUUGGCUGCCUAGCAAUCCAUGCUUUGUUAAACCUGAUGAGUAUACCAGGCAUCUCCUAUGGAUGUGUGGCCAGUGUCUUGGGCUACUGCCUUCUCCCAAUGGUAAUACUUUCCUCCUGUGCCAUCCUAUUUUCCCUACAGGGCAUAACUGGAACAAUAUUGGCAGCGGCUGUGAUUGGAUGGUGCAGCUUUGCAGCUUCCAAAAUUUUCAUCUCGACUUUGGCCAUGGAAGGACAGCAGCUUCUAGUUGCCUACCCUUGUGCUUUGCUAUAUGGACUUUUUGCUCUAAUGACUGUUUUUUGAAAAUGUGUAUCCAAACAGAAGCAACCUAAACAAAAACACUGGUAAAAACGAGUAAAAACGUAACUUAUUCAAGUCCUAUAAGGGGCAACCCGCAAAUAAAAUGCUUUGAAAUAUCACAUUGAAGCUCACCUACGUUGGGUUUUCAUAAUGCAUAGUGAAAUCAGGGAAAUUGAAUGUUUGACUGUUUUGCAGGUUCUGGGUUAGUGAGUAUACAUAAACAGUAAAGCUUGCAAAUGAUUAAUCCACCUGCAUCAACGGAUUUCAUUAUUCAACAAUAUAUUUUAAACAUUUUACAUUUAAGUUAUUUGUAAAUGUUUUUUCUUGCCUCCCAAAUAAAACUUGACCUUUCAAAGCUUGGUAAGUAUAAA